GGCUCCUCCUGUGGGCUAACAAGGCUGCUUCUUUCCCAGAGCUCAGUCCAGAUCACGUUUGAGGAAAGCCCUCGGCAGCUGCCGGCCGUAACUAUCAGCCACGUGGCCUAUGCCGACCAGUCGGAUCGCAGGAUGGUGUUGCACUGCCUCCUUUCAACUGACACGGUGCAGUUCCCUGUCUUGGUCGCCCAGCAGUCUCCAGCAGCUGUGUCCAUGGACACCUAUUGCGUCUCCUUGGCUGUGAAGCAGGCCCAGUUGGAGAUCCAUCUGGAGGAGGUGGAGGAUGACGGGCUGCUGGUCUCAUGGGCAUUCAAAGACAGACCCGACCUGAAGCUCUCUGUGCCCCCGCGGCUCCAGGAGCAUGACGACAAUGAUGGGAAGGUGGACCUGUCUAUUAUAAAGAACCUGAUUGAAGACUCCAUUAUCAGCACCCAGCCAGCCAUGAUGGUGAAUCUGAAGGCCUGCAUUGCAAAUGCCAAUGCGGAGCCCGGUAGCAGGCUGUCCCAGGGACCUCUGUCCAGCUCAGCGGCCCCCCUGAUGCCCAAGAUGCUCCUCCAGCACUUGCGAGCUCUGCACCUGGGCCCCCGGGAGAAACAAGGAAAUGGGCUGCUGUGCUGCGAGGCGGAGCUGGACAGCCCUCGGCAGUGGAAGAGAACUGCACCUGUGCCAGCCAGCCCGGCCGCCGAGGUGGAGUGGCCUGGCAAGCUUGUUCUGGAGCUCGGUCCCAGGAGCAAAGAGCUGGUGCUAAGAGUGUUUGAGGGCAGCACUUCUGGAGAGGCUGUGCUUCUGGGAUUUGCAGCUGUCCCCAUAGACCCCUCCUCCAAAGAACCACGGGGGCAGCAGCUCUACUCGCUGAGUCCAGGGGCUGCCGAGAGUCUGCCCGCAGCAGCAGCCAUUGCCGUGGAGCUGCUCCACCAAGAAUUGCCAGAGCUCCAGGCUGCAUCCUCCCUGCGCACCAGCAUCACUCCCACCAAGAAGAUCGAGAUGGGCCGUACCAUAAUGCCCGAUGGCACUAUUGUCACCACCGUCACCACCAUCCAGUCCAGGCCCAAACUGGACUGCAAGCUUGAUUCACCCUCGAGAUCUCCAUCCAAAGUGGAAGUCACAGAGAAGGUGACCACAAUGCUUCCAGAAAACGGCUACACCAGCAGAGCGUCUCCUUGCAGUAGCAGGAGCAGCUGUGUGUCCAACGGCUUGGAUCCAGUGGCUGAGACAGCCAUCAGGCAGCUGACGGAUCUGACCAAUAAAUCUGCGAAGAAGACCCCAACCAAGCGCAGUACGCUGAUCAUCUCGGGAGUUUCCAAGGUCCCAAUCACCCAGGACGAAACAGCCCUCUCCCUUGGUUAUGCUGUCUCACUGGGGAAUCCCAUCCAGCAAGAUUCCAUCAUGGCUGGUCUGUCAGAACAUACGUCAAGUAUCUCUGAUCCCAUGCAGCAGUUGGGAAGCUCAUGUUCACCUCAGAGGGCUAGCCAGGAUCUGGACGAAACAACACAUUCAGAUAUCUCCGAGAGACCCUCAGUGGAUGACGUGGAAUCUGAAACUGGCUCAACAGGUACCCUGGAGACCCGAAGUCUGAAAGACCACAAAGUGGGCUUCCUUCGAAGCGGCACCAAGCUCAUCUUCCGAAGGAAGAACAAACAGAAGGAGGCUGGCCUCAGCCAGUCCCACGAUGACUUGCCCAGCGCUGGCACAGCCUCUGCCCCCAGGAAGAAAUCUGGCAGCUUCUCUCGGCGCCUCAUCAAGCGCUUUUCCUUCAAGGGCCGGGCCAAGAACAAAGUCAAUGGUAGCAUGGUAUCCGUGGAGAAGCACUGAAGAGGUGCUGCGUCGGCCUCUGUCUCCAGAAGCCCCCCAACCGUUGUUAAUGGUUGUCUGCUGUCUAUGCGUUGUGGCCCCAAUUCUUCUGCCCUCCUGUGCAAAGGGAGUGAAGGCCUUCAGGGGCUGGCCGGCUGGUGGUUGGGUUGGGAAGUCUUGCCAGUAGCCGUUGGGAACAGCAUAGCCUCUGGGUAGAACAAGGGGUGCAAAGGUAACCCUCUGAGCACUCCUCUUUUAGCCUAGGUGGGGAGGGGGCAUCCCUCGCAGGCUACCUCAGCCUGAAACUGAAAUCCAGGGGGGGGUCUCAGAGAAGGGUUUUAUGGUGGCUUAUCCAGCUGCCGCUGCUCUGCCUGCUAUGCACUCUUGGAACGGCAAGGGCAAGUAGCUGGCUUCUUUGGCACCUGCAGGGCUUGGCCAGGUUCACGGGGCCAUGACGAGGGGGACAGGCAAGCCAGGCUCUUGGGCAUGCCAGGGGAGGCUGGCAGCAGCCCUGAAACACGGCUCCAGAGAAUCCUUCCUUCAGUUGCAGAGGCCCUCUGCUUCCUCCGACCCGGCCUGCGUUUGAAAAAGAAGAGAAGGCACUCGGUGGGCGCCGCUUUGGUGGCAAGAAGGCAGCGAGAGAAUUUCAGGGCAGAAGCGGUCGUCUUGCUCGGCUUGCUCGACCUCUUCCUUUACAGACUGGGGUGCCCAGUGUGGAGGCGCCUUGCUGAACUGCCCUGUAGCAGGGCACAGAAGCGGUGGGCAGAAAGAGGGCUCCUGCAGAGGACUGUCCGCUUGACUUGGCACUGAAGGCUUUCCCCCAAGAGACUGGACUGCACCACCCUAGCAUCCAGCUGGAGGCCACUCGUGACCCCGACUGGCAACGUGCAUGAAUUUUGGGAGGACGCUUGCUGAGGCUGGGCUGGCCCCUCCCUGCAGGUUCCUGGAAACAGAUUGGGGGUGGGGGGAGGGAGGGACGCAAGAAGGAAAUACACUCUUGGGUCACCCAGAAGUCAGGACUCAGGUUUUCAGACAAUCUUGGAACAGGCUCUGCUGAAACCCCACGUUUCUCAUUGGCAGCC